AUGUCAAACGAUGGAUAUGACUGGCUUUUGAAUUAUCCACGACCGGACUUAUAUCACGUUGAUCAUAGAUAUGGACCUGCUUCUGGACCGGCACAAGGAGACCAGGCUCCGUAUCUCGGUGCGCCGCCAGCAAUAAAAGCUGCCACGGUCAGCCCUUCCGGCUAUUUCCACUCCCCAUAUCACCUACCUAACCAAGAGUUUAUGAGUUAUACAAAUAGCACCACCCAGUACCAGUCUGCCGCUCCCAUGCCAGGUUCUUACCAGGGACCACCACCUUACUCUACGCCGUCAACUGCUCCAGUGACCUCCCAAGGACAGGCCUCUCAACAGCCCCUCACUUAUUCCAAUACUUCAUGGAAAUCCACACCCCAAACGUCAGACUAUGGCCAUGAUACGAAAAGGCGCCGUACAGACACUUUUACACCAUCAAACCAGCAUGGCAUAACACCUACGGUCACUCCCGCCAUGUCGAAACCUGUCUCAAAAGAUAAUCUCUCGUCCUUUUCCUUCAGCCCCCGUGAUACUACAGACAAAUCAUUUCUCAAGAACCGCGCGGAUAUUGUCAAACCCUUAAACAAGCUAGAUGCUGCUGAAAAACUCAGUUAUGACUCGCGGACGAUUGCUAGAGAUGUGUUAAUCGCAGCCGGGCGUCAUCCAACGGAACCAGCAUUAAACCAUCACCUUUUACGCUUGCGCGAUGUUUUUGUCCAUGUCGAUACAUCAUCCGACUUGGAAACCUUUCGCUGGGACAUGGUCGAUAUGCAGCGCGUGAAGAAACCACGUGACCCGCCUCGGGCGCCGAUGCAAGUUUCCGCUCCGCCAAAGGAACCGUCAUUACACGGUACGCCCGCGCCAACCAUACAAACACAAAGCCAGCCCGUGCAACCACCACCUCCACCUCCACCUCAGUUGCAACACCUCAACCAGCAACGUUCACAAACCCCAGAACAAAUCCAACCACAGUCGCCAGUGCCGACGAAAUCACAGUCUGUGCGUAAAUUCAUAGUACAGGUGCCUACAAAAAGUCCAAGUAUUCAGUCAGGGACGAUGGCUGGGAGGAGACCUGGAAGGCCGCCGGGACGCCCUCCAGGACGCCCUCCAAAGAGCACAAAAAUCCAGGUGGUGGCUCCUCCCGCUCGCACUCCUCCGGUUUCUUAUCAGGUUUAUUCCUGUGAAUGGGACAGCUGUAACGCUGAACUUCAUAACCUGGAAAUGCUCGCAAAACAUAUUUACAAAGUGCACGUACCAUACACUCUCACCUGCGCAUGGAAGGGUUGCACCUGCGAUGACAAGUUCCCUGCAGCCGAACUGGUGAAGCACAUUCGAAAUACUCAUCUUGAAUCCAUUGCCUGGAAGUUGGGUGAUGGACCAUCAGUGCCUGGAACUGGUGAGAAAGCAUCUGGCUGA